AUGGCCCGUGUUAUUUACAAUUCCACUCCACCCCUGUCGACCGUUCCAUCUCUCAUCAUUCAACCUCGUUAUAUCUCUUGCAGUUCCGAGCUCUCGCGAUUUGAUCCACCUCAUACCAUGUCCAUGCGAGCCUUAAGCGAUUCCUCGACUCGAGACAAGGAGAAGAACGCGUCGCUGGAGCAUAACGAGACCCUAAACCUAGCUGAAGGUGGGCACGAUGAUAUCCAGCUUCAGCGUCUGGGCAAGAAACCCGUCCUCAAGCGAAAUUGGGGUAUCCUUUCCGUGGUUGGGCUCGCUUGCACGAUUCUCGGGACCUGGGAGGGUUUACUUGCUGGAGGCCCGGCAGGCGCAGUGUACGGCUACAUCUUCUCCUAUCCCAUCAAGGACAGAAACCGCAACACUAACCUCGGCUGUUUUGCAGGGCACCCACUUCUGGCGGACAGUAUCACUGGAUGGCUCUCGGUUGUUGGCUGGCAAGCAGCCUUCGCAUCGGGCGCUUUUCUCUUCGGAACACAAGUCCAGGGAGCAUCAGCUCUAGCUCAUGAGGCCUACGAUCCGAAGGCAUAUCAAGGAACACUCCUCAUGUGGGCCUUUUUAUGCAUCGUACUGAUCACGAAUAUGGUAGGUGGUAAAUUCCUGCCACGAUUGGAGAGCGGACUCCUGUGUUUCCACAUAGUGGGCCUUUUCGGCAUCAUCAUCCCUUUGCUGGUGCGAGCAGAACACAAGUCAAAGGAGCAAGUCUUCAAGGAGUUUCUGAACGGCGGCGAGUUCCCAACCCAGGGUCUUUCUUGGUUCGUGGGCCUAUCCGGCGCGGCGUUUGCGUUCGCUGGCGGAGAUGCCUCUGUACAUUCACAGCUAGCAGAAGAAUGCUCGAAUGCUGAGAUUGCCAUCCCGAGGGCCAUGAUGCUCACAGUAGUGAUCAACGGAUGCCUUGGAUUCGGUAUGUUACUCACCAUGCUUUUCUGCAGCGGCAAUAUUCAGGAUGCGCUGGCCUCGCGAAGCGGAUACCCUUUCAUGGAAAUAUUCGUUCAGGGAACUCAUUCGAUGGGCGGUGCGCUGGCCAUGACCUCGGUCUAUCUCUUUGCGGCAGGCUGCUCGAUCUUUGGGAUGCUGGCUGCGACAUCUCGUCAAUUCUGGUCGUUUUCUCGAGACAAGGGAGUGCCUGGAUGGAAGUUGUGGUCCAGAGUCAACUCCAGGCAUCUCCCGCUAUAUUCCACCGUUCUCACUGUCAUCGUGUCGGCCCUUCUGGGGUUGAUCAACCUCGGCUCCAAGCUUGCACUGGAAGACAUCCUCUCAAUGGCAGUCUCCGGCCUAUACUCUUCGUACCUGAUAGUGGCAAUAUUGCUUCUUUAUCGACGGUGCAAAGGUGACAUUUACCGCUAUGGAGACGGAGAUGGUAUGCAGAUCAACGUGCCUGGAGCUCGGCUGGUCUGGGGUCCUUUCCAUGUGCCGGGAAUUGCUGGAAUAAUUCUCAACGGGUAUACGGUCAUGUACAUGACUAUCGUGGUUUUCUUUAGCUUCUGGCCGUCGGCAAUGCGUCCUGAAGUUGAUUCGAUGAAUUAUAGUGUCGUGGGGACUUGCGGCGUCGUGGCUUUGGCUGUGCUGUACUAUGUUGUGUGUGCGCGACAUAGUUACCAGGGUCCUAUCAUGGAAGUUCAGACUUGA